UGUAACGCUCGCGCUCCAUUGAAAAGUGCCCGCCAGUACUUGAGUGUUGGGCGGACUAGGGAAAAACAAAGGGAAAACGACAACAUUUAUAGGCUACAUUGACCUCUAUAGCGGCAACAUUUUAUAGAAUACUUAUAGCGAUACAACUGCAGUCACUGGCAUCCCGUAGGUGACAGUUAAGACCUCACAAGGAAGAGGAGGAAGGGAAAAGAGAAGACCGCACAUCUGGGAAGAUAUUGAGAAGUAACUAAAGCGUACUUGGCCACAGGUAGCCCUCGUGCGUCAAAGAAUAUCAAAGUGCAGGUCAUGCGGAUAUCUCCGGCUGGAGAUCGAUCAGUGUUUCAGUGCUAGUUCUUCCUAGGAAGAUAGAUCACUUACCUUCAGCGGACCAAGAGCAGGAGAAAGACAUGUCCCGAAGAAAGCAGAGCAAACCCCGGCAGAUCAAACGUUCUACUGGGGAGCUGGAAGGUGACGAGGACAACACACCUGAUGACGUCAGCCUAUCAGGCGAUGAGGGUGGCGCCUCGGACCCAGAGGACUCAGCAGAAUGUGACAGCUCCAGUCCACCACCAUAUACCCCCCUGUACAUUGAAGAGCCAAGGACACAUGACUGCCUUGGUGCAUCUGAUGAUGAGGAUGAGGAACAGAAAGGUCCAACUCACACGGAAGAAGUGGGGGAGGAGAUGGAAGAGGAGGAAGACGGGCUACAUUGGAGAGGUCCAGAUGACCUGGAGCUAAGUGACGGUACUGUUGGCCCCAAGGUUCUGGCCUGCAGAGACCUCACCACUGACACACUAUGGGGACCAUACACUGGGAUUGUCCAAUCAGAAGAGGCUGGAGAUGACCAGGUGCCAGAGCAGAUCUCCAGGCUGACGUUGGUGUGUGAAGACGAUAACGGCUGGCUCAGUAGAGUCCCGCUAACAUCCGAUGCCACAGCUGCCAACUGUACCAUCUACAGUCAAGGUGAGGAGCUGUAUUGUAAGGUGACCCAGGACAUCUCCACAGGUGACAGUCUGUUGGCCACACUGUCUCUCUCCUCCGUGAAGCAGCUGUCCUCGUCUCAGACCCAGGAUGUGGUGGUGAAGGAGGAGCCUACAGGUGUCUACCCAGCUUCUCUCCACUCUGAGAUACAGCUCCUCCCCCAGCAGGCUGGGAUGGCAGCCAUCUUGGCCACGGCAGUUGUCAACAAGGACAUCUUCCCGUGUAAGGACUGUGGGAUCUGGUACCGCAGUGAGAGGAACCUCCAGGCCCACCUCAUGUACUACUGUGCCAGCCGGCAGAAGCAGCAGGCCUCCUCCUCCCCCCCACUGGACAAAGCCAAGGAGUCCUACCCCAACGAACGUGUCUGUCCCUUCCCACAAUGCAACAAGAGCUGCCCGAGCGCCAGCUCCCUGGAGAUCCACAUGCGGACACACAGUGGUGAGCGUCCUUUCGUGUGUCUGAUCUGCCUGUCAGCCUUCACCACUAAAGCCAACUGUGAGCGUCACCUGAAGGUACACACGGACACGCAGAACGGAGUCUGUCACGGCUGUGGCUUCGUCUCCACCACGAGGGACAUUCUCUACAGCCACCUGGUCACAAGUCACAUGGUGUGUCAGCCCGGCUCAUGCAGUGAAGUGUACUCCCCCGGCCCCGGCCUGCCCAAACUGCCUCUGUCCACAGGUCUAAGUCCUGGAGACUCCGGUGUUGUGUUGAAAUGUCAGGUAUGUGGCCACAUCACAGACUCGCCUGCUCAGCUCCAGCAGCACGUUCGCACACACCUGGAGGUGAGAGUCCCGGCCGAGAGGAGCCCCACACCCCGCCAGACCACCCCCUCCUCAGCCGACCACCCUGAGCACCUUGACAGGGAGCCCCCCGCCUGCGUUCCCCACCCUGACUCCUCCAGCCCUGGGGCCAAUGGGAGCUCAGCCACCCCGCGAGGCUGCAGCCCACCUGACCAGCUCCCCACAGACAUCAGGAUUAAAGAGGAGCCGCAUUCGGACUCUGAGAAUGAGAGGCAGGAGGAGGAGAUGGAGGGGGAGCGGGUGGAGAAGAGCCGUGGACACAGAGGUACAGGCUCCUCUCAGACCUCCACCUCCCCUAGGAGUCCCUCUGCUGUGGCUGUGAAGGCAGAGCCAACCAGCCCCACCCCUGGCUCCAGCCCUGCCCACCUGGGAGGAGCUGGCUCAGUGCUCCCUGGAGAAGAUGUGUUCCUACCCCAGUACAUGUUCAGCCAGGAACCAGCCAUCCUACCCCAGGCCUCAGAGAUACUGGCUAAGAUGUCUGAGAUGGUCCACAGCCGGCUGAAGCAGGGCCAGGUCCCCCCUGGGGCAGCGCCAGCCUUCUACCCCGCUGGCACUACAACCACUGUCCAGAAGGGGGCCACCUGCUUCGAAUGUGACAUUAACUUCAACAACAUCAACAACUUCUAUGUUCACAAGAGGCUGUACUGCUCCAGCAGGCACCAGCAGGGAGACAUGGCUGGCCCAGUGAAGGAGGGGGCGUCGGGGGCCACAGUCCCAUCAGUUGGACACGGUUCAUCCCCUCAGGCUGGAUCAGGUAGUCGGGCAGCCUCAGCCUCCCCCAGUGACUCAGAUCCUGUUCCAGGCAGCACCGCCACACAGGGCAAGCUGGUGGAUGUGAAGAGUGAGAACCCUGGGGUGAAGGAGGCUGUGUCCUCUUCUUCCUCUGAGGGGGAGGGUGGAGGAGGAGGAGGCCGGGCCAGCGAGUGCAGCCAGAGUCCCAGCGGCUCAGCAGAGGACCAGGAUGACGACCCCACCAGAACCUUCUGUCAGGCCUGCAACAUCCACUUUAGCCGCCAUGAGAACUACACAGUCCACAAACGCUUCUACUGCGCAUCGCGCCACGAUCCGUCCAACCAGCGGUCAACCGCCGGCAAAGCCACCUUCCUGCCUCAGCCCAUCCGAACACGCAAGAGGAAGAAGAUGUAUGAGAUCCACAUGGCUCGGACUGAAGCCCUGGCCAACGCUGCUGCUGCCUCUCUCUCUGCCCCUGGCCUGAGCCUGGCUGUGAAGCAGGAGGCUGCUGCCUCAGUGGAGAGGGUCCUGGAGUCCCCAGUCCCAGCCCUAACUCUGGGCCUGCGUCCAGCCACCUCCCGUAGUACCAGCCCUGACAGAGACGGCCCCAUUGACCUGAGCAAGAGGCCUCGUCUAAGAGAGGCCCAGCGGGGCAGCAGCAUCCCUUCUCUGCCCCUCACUGACUACCACAAGUGUACCGCCUGCAGCAUUAGCUUCAACAGCAUUGAGAACUACCUGGCCCACAAGGCCUACUACUGCCCAGCCACCACCCUGCAGCCCCACACUCUGGAGACGCUCCACAGGCUGAAGAGACCAGCAUCCAUCUCCCCCAAGAGCAGGGCCCUGGAGCGAUCAGACGUCCACUCUGAGGCCAAAGGGCUGCUCACAGAGAAGGCUCCUCGGGGGGCCUCGCUCAGCCCUCACCUCUCUGCCUUACCUGGCUCUGGCUCUGAGGCUACGUCACCUUACAGUGUCCCUGCAGCCAAAGGCCCAGGUUCUCCCUCUGUGGUCUGCCCCUACUGCCCUCCCAAUAGGGCGGUGACCUGUGACCUGGUGGAGCACUUCAGAUCCAUGCAUGGCCUGGUCCUGAGCCUGGAGGGCCAGCCAGCCGUCAUCAGCCCCAGCCUGAGCCCUAGGGAUGGGACCCCUGCCACCCCGCCCAAGCUGGUCCUCCGGGCCUGCAGGGACAGCAUCAAUGGCCGGAUCAGAAGGGACACUGUCUCCCCAUCCUCUCCCCUGGUGAACGGUAGCCCCCUGGGACACCAUGCCGGGGGUGGCGGCUCCCCCAAGGCAGCCCCUCCAGCUGUGUCUCCCACCAGGUCCCUCCCCCUGACUGUGUCCCCUGUGCCUGAGGUGCUGAGAGAGGUGGGGGUUCUGAAUCACCAGGUUGCUGUCACCCUGCUCCCAGACAAGGCGUCCCUCACACUGGGUCUCCCACUCCCUGUUCCGGCCCCUCCCACACCCAAGACCCUCCUGAUCCCCCCUGUGCAGAACGGUAACACCCGCUUCUGCCGGCUGUGCAAUAUCAAGUUCAGCAGCCUGUCCACGUUCAUAGCCCACAAAAAGUACUACUGUUCCUCCCACAGCGCUGAGCACGUCAAGUGAAUGGAGCCCCAGUCUGUGUCCCCUCCAAAGCCCAAACCCAGCUAUCCAUUCUUGUCAGUGCCACCAAGGCAUGGCACCAUCUCUGGACUGUAUGUGUUUGAAAGUGUGACUGUUACUCGCCAGGCACUGGGUCGCUUCUCGCUCCCGGUAUUGUUACUAUGUUAACAUAUUUCUCCUUAUGGGUCAAAGUUUCUAUUACACUAAGAGCUGAGAUGCGCUACCUGCACACACAGUUGUGCCCACGUAUCCCUUCCCACCCACCUCAAUAACUGAAACCCAGCCCUCUUUCUCACCUCCAGGGUCCACAGAAUGUUGAAAAUGUGACUUUAGAGUCAACAUUUAGUCUCCUGAGCAAGUUUAAUUGAAUUGUUUGUAUUACAGUCAUCUUUAUUUGAUUAUGAUUGUUUGGAGCAUUUCUUGCUGAUGGUGAAACUCGCUUUUCCUGAGCUGUUGAUGCUCUAGAUCAGUCAGUGAGUGGGGACAACUAUUGUCCCCCAGGGCCCUCUAGUGGAGCUGACUAUCUCCACUCUUUUAUUUCUACUUACCUGUGCAUAGUGUAUGAUGUUUUAAAAUAAUUCUUUAUGCUUUUGUUUGAACACUGGCUGUUUUGCUAACUAGAAAGCUAAAGCAUUUUAGCUGAAUUACAGAAAUGAGUAUCACAUGGUUAGCCUACCAAUUACAGAGGAAAUAUUUGCAAAUGGAUAGAUUUGGUUUUCCUAAACCACAAUUACAUUCUCUUAAUGGAAGGAAAACAUGUGAACUAUUUAUCUUGAGUCCUCACUGAUUUAAUGUCAACAGAAAUCUACCUAGCGUCUGAAAAUAUUUGUAUUUUUUAUUUGUAUAUUUUUCAUACUGUUCAAAGGAACUGUUUCAAUCUCGGCGUGUAAAGGUGUUUUUGUAUGUGUAGAUAUGUAAUAUCUUUCACAGUAAUCACUGGGAUGACACUGAACCUUAUUUUCCUUAUUGUCAGAAUUUCAUUCUUCUGCUCUUUAUUCAUCGGGAAAGGUUAAAACUUUUCUGUUUUCCUCCAGUAUUUGGUCAUUAGGUACAGCCUAUUUUGCCAGAUAAACUAUGUGAUGUAAGUUCUAAACUGGUAUUAUUAUUGCGUAGAAGGAAGGUGAUUGGACCUGAGUACCAGGAUGAAGACACAGCACUUCCUCUUCCUCUAUGCCCCCCCCUCCCCCAUCAGACCUGACCCUUAACCCACCAACCACCUACUGUAUCAUUAUAUCCCUACUCUGCAGCUGCUGCUUUAACACCAUCUGACUUAUGUAAUGCUUGAAUUAGACAUGGGAUCAGUUUAAAUCAAUGUGGAUUUAUUGACAGCUCUUAGAGCAGUGGUAUUAAAAGUCGGGGGAAUUGGCAUUUUUUUGGGGGGGGGGGAAAAAAUUAAGAGUAUUGUAUGGGACAAUAUACAAAUAUGUUUGAGAACGACAAUUUAAAAAAUAAAACUGUUGAUUAAAUGUAUUUUAUUGGUUUCUUUUCAUUUUUAUAAGAGAUGAAAAUGCAAUGAAAAAAUGCAAUUGUUGUUUGUUGAUGUAACGAUAUAAUUUUCCAGAUUUUAAGGCUGUGUCAUUAGAUUUGGUGUGGGGUCGCAAGAAUUCUGGCAGAAAGAUUUGGGACCUUGUUGAAAAAGUCUGAAUACCACUGUCUUGUAGUGUGUGCUCAUUCUGUUUUGUUUUUCCAGUAAUUAAUUUUUUUUAAAGUUAAAAAAGGGAGGUGUAAGAGAGAGAUAGACAGGGACAGCAGAUGUAUUUCACAGAUUGUUGAGAGACGUACACAGUAGAUGGCUCCAAAAACGGUCAUGUGUAAAACACAAACACACAUGCAUCCUUGGUUUACAAAGUGGUGUUGAAUAGACCUGCGAAAUGCAAUCUUUCCUCUGUCAGAACUUGCUAUACUGGCACAGCCUUACCGUAGGACUGAGUUUGUUCUGUGCUCCACUAUCCUCACCUCUAAUGAUGAUUUGAAUGGAUCUGUAUGUUACUUGUGAUGUCCCCUUUCCUUCCCUGUGUUACACAGGCAGAUGUUUCUCUGCUCUAAAAACUGGAAAACAAAAUGGUGGUGAAAUUGAAAGUUGAGUAUUUUUGCUCUGUUGUGGUUUUGAACAGUGCUGUUUCAGUCAUAUCUUACCCAAGAGUGUUUACAAUUGCAUUGCUUCCUCUUUUCUCAAAAAGAUUAGCAUUUUCAACAAGUCACAAAUUGAGGAAAUCAGUGCUGAAAACCAUUUUGAAUCCCAUUUAUAUUGCACUGUGUUGUUCAAAUGUGCUGAAUGUUUUCGUUUUAGAGGCUUUUUUGUAAGGUAUUUAUGUUUUUACAGCACUUUUCCUCUUCUAAACUAAUCCCUUGAAGGACUUGCUGAUCAAUUUCAACCUUUUCACGUGAACUAAAGUUAAUUAAAACAUUUUGUGAAUGAUUACAAAUGUCAAUAAUGGAAAGUAAUAAUGAAUGUCAGACUUUUCUUCUUUCUUUUGUCAGUUCCACUACACACUUGUCCAAACUAUGCAUGGGAAAUAAACGUCCUGAGAGACAUUAAACAGUU